CUCUUAUCCAAUCAUGCCUGGAAUGCCGCUCGCCACUUGGGUUAUUUCUGCUAUCUGUCGCUGUCGGUGCCGCAGUGCUAAAGGUUUGGCAGAUGGGACGCUUUUCCUUGGAGUCUGUGUCUCCGCUUUUUGACUUCUGGCAGUGCCGGGCGGGCUGUCGCCGCUCGCCCUCUCCCUCCCUGCCCCCCUGGGCACCAUGGCCCAUCGGCUUCGGUUUCAUUUUGGCUCCGGCCGCAGCAACACGGCCCCCGAGUCGGAGAUCCUCGACCAGGAGAGAGAAGACGACUUUUUCAUGGCAUUCCACACCCUGCCGCGGCGGGGCGGCCCUCACCUCUUCGCCCCCCGCGCGGCGGAGGACGGCGGAGGAGGCGGCGGCGGUGGCGGCCUGCCGGAGGCGGUGGGCGCGCUCAAGCGCAGCUCGUCCAUGUUCAUCCCGCAGCUGCUGAGCCCCGUGGACGCGCGGCCCACCCGGAGCUCCUCGGUGCAGAUCUCGCUGCAGCGCAAAGCGGCGGACGGGGCCCCGGACGCGUGCGGGCCGCCUGAGGGCCCGGACGGCGAUGCGGGGUCCGUGUCUCUGGGCCACUGCCCGGAGCCUCCAGAGCCCCAGACCCGCGAGAGCUCUCCUCCCAGGACCACCAGGAGUGCACGCCCCCUAGUCAACGGCACUUGUGGCAGCCGAGCACGGGGCCCUGUCGCUGCAGAUGGCCGCGAAGAGGCCGAGCCUUCAGCCACCCAGGGACCCGAAGGUGGUGGGCUCCGGAUCCAGCACCGAGCCUCCAGCGCCGACGUGCGCCAGGUGAGGCUGAUGCCCUUCGGGGCCGACGGCCAGGGCAACCCUUCGGCUCCAGAGCCCAGGCGCUGGUCCCUACAGCACGUUCCAGAUGCUUCUGGAAGUUCCGGGAAGAGGUGCUUUGUCUUCCAGCUGCAGCAGCCACCACCGGGCAUGUCAGGUUCGGGUGGUGAUUUCAACUUUGGGUUCACCGGCACCAAGGGGGACAGGUUGGUGCGGUACCCCCGAAUCCGGCUGGAAAGGAGCACCUCGUACCCCACACAGCCUCGCGCAGAACGCAGCAGCCCCACGGAGGAGCGGGACCACCAGGGACACCCAGAGACACCACCUCGGGGCCGCAGGGUGGCCCCUGAAAUCCACAGGACGAACUCCGUGGAAAGGACUCCGCAGGGUCAGGGCUGCACGUUUAAGAUCAGGCAAGAUCAGAAUGCGGGGCAGCAGCAUUUCAGAAUUCUCGUGACUCGGGGACCGGAGGAAUCUCCCCAGGCUCCGCAGGAGAGUAACCCCACCAGCCCAGCUUCCCCAGUGGCCAGAGCGCCGACACGAGACGACUUCCUGGGACAGGUGGACGUGCCCCUUAAUCAUCUCCCGACAGAAGACCCAACCAUGGAGCGACCCUACACGUUUAAGGACUUUCUCCUCAGACCGAGAAGUCAUAAAUCUCGAGUGAAGGGGUUCUUGCGGUUGAAAAUGGCCUACAUGCCGAAAAACGGGGGUCAAGACGAAGAGAACGGCGAGCAGCGGGGCGACGCGGAGCACGGGUGGGAAGUUGUGGACACGAAUGACUCAGCUUCUCAGCACCAGGAGGAGCUUCCUCCGCCUCCUCUGCCCCCGGGCUGGGAAGAAAAAGUGGACAACUUAGGUCGGACCUACUACGUCAACCACAACAACCGGACCACGCAGUGGCACCGACCCAGCUUAAUGGACGCGUCCUCCGAGGCGGACAGCAACAUCCGGCAGAUCAACCAGGAGGCAGCGCACCGGCGCUUCCGCUCCCGCAGGCACAUCAGCGAGGACUUGGAGCCCGAGCAGUCGGAGGGCGGAGACAACGAGCCUUGGGAGACCAUUUCAGAAGAAAUGACUGUCACCGGAGACUCCCUCAGUCUGGCGCUGCCCCCACCCCCCUCCUCCCCAGGCUCUCGGACCAGCCCUCAAGAGCUGUCCGAGGAACUGAGCAGGAGACUUCAGAUCACUCCGGACUCCAACGGGGAGCAGUUUGGCUCUUUGAUUCAGAGGGAACCCUCCUCGAGGCUGAGGUCAUGCAGUGUCACCGAGGUGGUCGCGGAGCAGGCUCACCUACCACCGCCCAGUGCCCCAGCUAGGAGAGCUCGUGCAUCCACGGUCACGGGUGGUGAGGAGUCAACGCCAUCAGUGGCCUAUGUACACACCACGCCGGGCCUGCCUUCGGGCUGGGAGGAGAGGAAAGAUGCUAAGGGACGCACAUACUAUGUCAAUCAUAACAAUCGAACCACAACCUGGACGCGGCCCAUCAUGCAGCUCGCAGAAGAUGGUGCCUCUGGAUCCGCCAACAGUAACAACCACCUAAUCGAGCCUCAGAUCCGCCGGCCUCGUAGCCUCAGUUCGCCAACAGUAACUCUAUCUGCCCCACUGGAGGGUGCCAAGGACUCUCCCAUACGCCGGGCUGUGAAAGAUACCCUUUCCAAUCCACAGUCCCCACAGCCAUCUCCUUACAACUCCCCCAAACCACAACACAAAGUCACACAGAGCUUCCUGCCCCCCGGCUGGGAGAUGAGGAUCGCGCCCAACGGUCGGCCCUUCUUCAUUGACCAUAACACAAAGACUACGACAUGGGAAGACCCACGCCUGAAAUUUCCAGUACACAUGCGGUCAAAGGCACCUUUAAACCCCAAUGACCUUGGCCCUCUUCCUCCUGGCUGGGAAGAAAGAAUUCACGUGGAUGGCCGCACGUUUUACAUUGACCACAGCAGCCAGGUGUUGUGUGGACAGAGUGGUCCCAGGGAAUCAGGGCCUUCGCACGAUAGCAAAAUAACUCAGUGGGAAGACCCAAGAUUGCAGAACCCAGCUAUCACCGGCCCGGCGGUUCCUUACUCCAGAGAAUUUAAGCAGAAAUAUGACUACUUUAGGAAGAAAUUAAAGAAACCUGCUGAUAUUCCAAAUAGGUUUGAAAUGAAACUGCACAGAAACAACAUUUUUGAAGAGUCCUAUCGGAGAAUCAUGUCCGUGAAGAGGCCAGACGUCCUCAAAGCUCGACUGUGGAUUGAGUUCGAAUCGGAGAAAGGCCUGGACUACGGGGGCGUGGCCAGAGAAUGGUUUUUCUUACUGUCCAAAGAGAUGUUCAACCCCUACUAUGGUCUCUUCGAGUACUCUGCCACGGACAACUACACCCUUCAGAUCAACCCCAAUUCGGGCCUCUGUAACGAAGACCAUCUGUCCUACUUCACUUUUAUUGGAAGAGUUGCUGGUCUGGCGGUGUUUCACGGGAAACUUUUAGAUGGAUUCUUCAUUAGACCGUUUUACAAGAUGAUGUUGGGAAAGCAGAUAACCCUGAACGACAUGGAAUCUGUGGAUAGUGAAUAUUACAACUCCUUGAAGUGGAUCCUGGAAAACGAUCCCACUGAACUGGACCUCAUGUUCUGCAUUGACGAGGAAAACUUCGGACAGACGUAUCAAGUGGAUCUGAAGCCCAACGGGUCCGAAAUCAUGGUCACCAAUGAAAACAAGCGGGAGUAUAUCGACCUGGUCAUCCAGUGGAGGUUCGUGAACAGGGUCCAGAAGCAAAUGAACGCCUUCUUGGAGGGAUUCACAGAACUGCUGCCUAUUGAUUUGAUUAAAAUUUUUGAUGAAAACGAGCUGGAGUUGCUGAUGUGCGGCCUCGGCGACGUGGACGUGAACGACUGGAGACAGCACACCAUCUACAAGAACGGCUACUGCCCAAACCAUCCUGUCAUCCAGUGGUUCUGGAAGGCCGUGCUGCUGAUGGACGCCGAGAAGCGCAUCCGGUUACUGCAGUUCGUCACGGGGACGUCCCGGGUGCCUAUGAAUGGAUUUGCUGAACUGUAUGGUUCCAACGGUCCUCAGCUGUUUACAAUAGAGCAAUGGGGGAGCCCCGACAAACUGCCCAGAGCUCACACGUGCUUCAAUCGCCUUGACUUACCUCCAUACGAAACCUUCGAAGAUUUACGAGAGAAACUUCUCAUGGCCGUGGAAAACGCGCAAGGAUUCGAGGGGGUGGAUUAAGCGCCCCCCCCCCCGCCCCGGGUGGUGGUCCGUGGAGCAAGCCCCGCUUGCACCUUCACAUCUCCCGCCCAGGCUUUGCAGAGACGACGACGACGACGACGACGACGACGGUCGAGAGUGUUGCGCAGCGGGCUCCCUCCCGGAGCAGAGCCUUCGCCCGCGACGUGCCCACGCCCGGACGUGGGAACCCAGGCCCACGUCCCGUUUCUGCAUUUUCCACCGCCAAUUAUCAACCUGUUGACGUGUACACUAAUUACAUUUCAGGAGGACUUAACUCUAUUUAUGUUGUGCCUCUGUAGGCGGAGCCCUUAAUAAACAUUUUACAUACUUUAUAAUGACCAUGAACGGAAUCAGUCACUCGGCAGGUAUAGUAUUACAACUCAUGUUUACUUUUUGGAAAUGAUUUAGACCGAUUUUCCGAUUUCAUUUCACUGCAAUUAAAGAUGUGUCCUGUACUUGGAAAA